GCUCACAUAACUUAGGUCAAUCAUGGAAACUAAGGCUAAUCCCAACAAGCAAAAACAAAAAAAUAAUUCCAAAAAAAUGUGAACAAAGAUUUUAUUUUAUUUUUUUACAAAACCCCACAUGGUCUUCCUUCUAAGACAUUCAAAGAACAUUAUCAGAAUCCCACUUCAAAUCAAGUAUCCACUUUCUCUCUAAUUUUGCUUCCAGAUCCAUCUUUGGAAUCUCCAAAACCAAUAAACAAAACAUGCAAGAAAUAUAUCCCAACAACAACAAUAACAAUAACAAACAACCUCAAAUCUCCGAAAUGUUUCAGAAAUUCGCCUUAGCUUUCAAAACCAAAACCUUCGAAUUCUUCAACGACGAAGAAAACAACCUCGAUGAAUCCGAUGGUUUUUCUCUCCUCGACUCCACCGAAGAAAUCAUCACCGACCAAAAAGUCAUCAUUAUCAAACCCGAUCCACCUAAAACGACACCGUCUUCUUCCCCUCCCAAAACGACACCAUCUUCACCCAAAACGACACCCUCCUCUUCCCCACCCAAAACGACACCGUCGUUUACCCCAAACCAAUUAACACUACCCGAAACGGCGUCGUUUGAUCUCAUUGACUCAUCACCGAAAACGACACCGUUGUUUACACAAACUCAAUCACCACUACCCAAAACGACGUCGCACGAUCUAAUCUCCUCGAUCUUCGCCGCCGUUUCGGCUUUCGAAGCUUCCUAUUUCCAAUUACAAACCGCACACGUUCCUUUUAUAGAAGAAAACGUGAAAACCACUGAUAAAGUGCUUAUUUCACAUCUUCAGAGAUUAUCAGAAUUCAAGAAAUUUUACUGUAACCCUAAUUUGUACACCUCUUUUCCAUUUGGGUCUUCAUUAGAAGCUGAAGUGGAAGAGAAUCAGAGUAAGUUGAGAACACUAGGGACCGUGUCGAAUCGGUUGCAAUUGGAGCUUGAAAAGAAGCAUGAUGAGGUUUUUAGGAUGAGGAAGAAGUUGGAUGAGGUUCAAAAGGGGAAUGUGAAUUUGUCUAAGAGGCUUUGUAGUGGGAAUGUUAAUAGUUGUGAUGUUUUGUUGAGUGUUAGGGUUUUCGAAUCGGUUUUGCAUGAUGGGUUUAGAGCGGCGCAUAAGUUCACCAAGAUUUUGAUUGGUUUGAUGAGGAAAGCCGGGUGGGAUUUAGGUUUAGCGGCGAAUGCGGUUCAUCCAGGUGUUGUUUAUUCGAAAAAAGGGCAUAAUCAGUAUGCGCUUUUGUCGUAUGUUUGUUUAGGGAUGUUUCAAGGUUUUGAUUUGGUUAGUUUUGGAUUGAGUUCGGAGAGAAGAGACGAAGAAGAAUUGAUGUCGAGUGGUGAGUUUUUUGAUUUAGAUUUGAAAGGGAGAGAUAGUUGUUUGAAGCAAUUGUUGGAGCAUGUGUCUAGUAAUCCAAUGGAAUUGCUUAGUAUUCAUCCGGGUUGCGAGUUUUCAAGGUUUUGUGAGAUGAAGUAUGAGAGGCUUAUCCAUCCUUCAAUGGAGUCGUCGAUCUUCGUUAAUUUGGAUCAGAAUGAAGCGGUGUUGAAUUCGUGGAGGUCGUUGAGUUUGUUCUACGAGGCAUUUGUUGGGAUGGCUAGCUCGAUAUGGACACUGCAUAAGUUGUCACAUGCCUUUGAUCCUGCGGUGGAGAUCUUUCAAUUGGAAGGAGGUGCGGAAUUCUCCAUGGUAUACAUGGAUGAUGUGACAAAGAGGUUAACCUGGCCGAAUAAGGAAAGGGCAAAGGUCGGGUUCACUGUUUUUCCUGGUUUUAGAAUUGGGAAGGUAGUUAUUCAAUCGCAGGUUUAUGUAAGUAGUUUCAGUUUGGAAGAGUAGUUUGCUUAGGGUUCCUCUUGUACAAUACAAAUUCAUGGAGACUUUCUAUAGUCAGACGAUGGCUAUUUUGGAGGAACUCUAAAUCCUGUUGUUGGUUCUGAUCAUUGUUGUUAAAUAGUGCCUAUAAUGGUGCUAUAGCGUAGCGUAAUUUGAUCAAACCACUAUUGUUUCCACGAAAUGCUAUAUAGUAUGAAGUGUUGUCAAAUUGUGGCUAUAAUGCAAUUUGAACAAACCACUAUUUUUUGCGAUCUGUGAUUGAUUGAUAACACUCGUUCUGGACUUCUGGUUUUAGUGUUCCCAGAAUUUAUGUAAAGAUGCCAAUUUGUACUGAACUACUGAUGGAGGAAGACAAUGCCAAUAUAGCCUUCUUGAUUCUUUGCUUGAUGCUGAAGUAGUGAUGGUGUCGAGUUCGAUCUGCAUUCUGUACCAUUACACGUGAUGAUCAGUAGUGUUUCCGCUGGUAUUAUUUUUUCUCUUGUGCUUUUUUUUCCAGUACCAGUUUUGUUUUUAUGAUUUUUAUAGUUCACUUGUAUAGAGUUAACUGUACAGAACAUUCCCUCUAUGCUUGGGUACUCUGACAAAAAUACAUCAUUAUAUUGUGUAUGCAACACUUAUUUAUAUAUAAUAACAAACUAAUAACAUGUUUCUUCAGCGCA